AUGUCGACUUCUGGAGAAGAAAUGUCUGACGAAUCAUUACUACAAUUACAGGCUGAAGAAACAAUCGAAAAAUUUUUCAAAAAAAAUAAAACCUGGUCAUUACUUAAAUUUUUGAAUUUUAGAGCAGAAAAUGACGAUUUUACAUGCAAUAGGAGAAAGGAACAUGGUUUAUACAAAAAAGCUUUGGACGUAUUGGCGACAUAUGUUACUGCCAUAACGCAACCGGAUGCCUACGUACCAACUGGUUGUUCACAAGCUAUGAACGAGAAGUCUUCUGAAGGUGUCAUUAAUUUCUGGGCAAUGAUAGAGAAAAAGUGUAAUGAAGAAAGAAUCGAAAAUGAACGGACAAAUGGAUUGUUGCAUAUAUUUGAAGCAACAAAUAAGAGCCAACGACAUGUAACAGACAUCCAACAUCGAGAUCUUGUUGAUAUAUUCCAAUCCUGUGGCGAUAGACAAGAUGAGCCAAAUCAAAGUACUUAUUUGCGAAAAAGAAAACAAGUAGAUUAUAAUGAAGAUCGGAUGUCAAAAAGGGUUUAUCAUGAUGGUGAUAUUACGCCAUCUCCAUGUAGUUUGACAGAUAAUUCUCUUUUUGAGACACCUCAACACCUUCCAAGUGCCAGUAAUAAAUCCAACAACAAUGAUCCUGAUGAUUUUACCUCAGGUGAAGAAGUUGAGGAAGUUAUAGAUGACUGGAUAAAUUAUUAUUUUGAUAAUCUCGAAAAACAAGUGAAAAUAGAAUCUAAAGUUCAAUGGAAAGUUGGUGAGAUUAAUGUCACGAAAAAAUUUAGACAGUUUCAAAACGACCUUCUUUAUGACAUAAAACACGGUAUUAAAAAACUAACAUGGCAUGAUACUUUUGAUCUACUGGCUUUGGCGUCAAUCAUAGUUCUGGAUUGGCCCUGCCCGUAUAAUACUUUUACAGCUGACGAGUGGCUUGAAAUAACCGAUAAUAACCCAUUUAAGUUGACCGAACCAGUAUUAAAUGCUGACUUAACAACGCUAUUACUUGAUGCCACUUUCAAAAAAUCGUUAGGCCUAAUUACUGAUUUUAUAGGUAUAAAUGAUAACAGUAAGCGUAGUCAUUUAGCGAAACAAAUUUUCUAUGGAUUAGCUGAUGAUGUUCCAAUUGUAGCCCCACGCAAAACAUCUGAAGAUGAACAUAGGUUUCGAUACCUAGAUCCUUUUCUUAAAAUAUUUGGUGGUCCUUAUAAAAAUUAUAAAUUGAGAUUGAAUCGUACUGUCAAUGGGAGCCAAAAGAGGCCGGAUUUUUCGUGCGUUGUGGAUGAUGUGCCGAUCCUUAAUUCUGAAGUAAAACCCAUUGGUUAUACGGAACUACAAAGAGAUAAAGAUUAA